AUGCCGACUCAGCAUACUCGCCUUUGGGGGCCGUGCCUGGAUCCCAUUGGUUCCCGGUAUGGUGGCACUCCAUCAGCGGCCACCUGGGACCAGCAGCCCGGCCACCAAUUCUCACCUAUCUUGAACCGCUACUACUCAUUAAGCACCCUACCGGUGCCACCUCAUCAUCGACCGGAUCUGGAACAGCCUUACCACCGGGCUACCGACUACAAGAUAACUUGGUGUGAUCUGAUGCCGGUAGCAAAAAUGAAAACUUGGGACAACUUCAAAUAUAUAGCUGGGUCUUAUUACAUUAAAAAGAGCAUACUGUACCUGAAUAUUAUUGGAUCUACCAAAACUCAAACGAUGAAUAAUAAAUCCGCUUCGAUGAUUCUAUUCAAAUUGAGCCAAAAUGUUAUAGCUUAUGGCGUAGUUCUGUUACUUAUCGAGGUGACAAACAUAACUGAAAGUCAGUCUAUGCCUCAUACACAUGGAUACAGCGAUUCCGAUGACAACGGUCCAGUGUUUCUGGCAAACCUGAGUAAUACAACGGUACCCAUAGGACGUGAUAUAUCGUUCACCUGUGUCGUUGACAACUUGGGUGAAUAUCGUGUAAGUAAAAAUCCCAACAUGAACUUAAAAAUGCACGUUACUUAUUUUGAAAAAAUUGUCAGAAGACAAAAUUAA